AUUUUAUUCGUUUUUGACAGGUAACACUACAUUUUAUUUUUGUUUCGGUGUAUCAAAAUUUAUUCAAAAUUCAUCCAUACGCAAGAAUCCUUAGUCCAGGGUCCACAGUGCCCAUAUGUUCCACUUGCCUGUUAAACCUAAGAUAUCGCUGCUAUGCCAGCAAAUGCAAGAAAGAGAAGAAACCACCGAAGUUCCGACUGGACCGCGGACCAUUCGCCUCCCAGUUGGAUUACCAGUCGCGACUGCAGUACCAAGCACCUGCCCUGAGUAUCCCCCUCAGCAGCAUCAUAUGCACCAUUGGACCCUCAUCCAACAGCCCAGAAAAGCUAUUGGAGCUCAUCCGGGCUGGGAUGCGGGUCGUGCGUAUGAACUUCUCUCACGGCUCUCACGAGUAUCACUGCCAGACAAUACAGGCGGCUCGUAAGGCCAUCGCCAUGUACGUGGAGCAAACGGGUCUGCCCAGAACAUUGGCAAUUGCUCUGGACACCAAGGGUCCAGAGAUCCGGACGGGCAAACUGGCCGGUGGCAAUGAUAGGGCUGAGAUAGAGCUCAAGACCGGAGACAAAGUGACAUUGAGCACCAAGAAGGAGAUGGCAGACAAGAGUAACAAGGAUAAUAUCUAUGUGGAUUAUCAGAGGCUACCUCAACUGGUCAAACCAGGAAAUCGGGUAUUUGUAGACGACGGAUUGAUUGCAUUGAUCGUGAAGGAAUCAAAGGGAGAUGAAGUGAUCUGUCAGGUGGAGAACGGUGGCAAGCUGGGCUCCCACAAGGGAAUCAAUUUGCCAGGAGUUCCGGUAGAUCUUCCCAGCGUAACGGAGAAGGAUAAGCAGGAUCUUAAAUUUGGGGCCGAGCAAAAGGUGGACAUGAUCUUCGCAUCGUUCAUACGAGACGCAAAUGCUCUGAAGGAAAUCCGCCAAGUACUUGGACCGGCUGGAGCGUGUAUAAAGAUCAUCUCUAAGAUUGAAAACCACCAAGGUCUGGUAAACAUAGACGACAUUAUCCGUGAAUCAGAUGGCAUAAUGGUGGCCCGAGGUGAUAUGGGCAUUGAGAUACCCACGGAGGAUGUUCCCCUAGCCCAGAAAUCGAUUGUGGCUAAGUGCAACAAGGUGGGCAAGCCUGUGAUCUGUGCCACCCAGAUGAUGGAGUCGAUGACGAACAAGCCGCGACCCACUCGUGCCGAAGCCUCGGAUGUGGCCAACGCUAUUUUCGAUGGCUGCGAUGCCGUAAUGCUGUCCGGUGAAACGGCCAAGGGCAAGUAUCCGGUGGAGUGCGUCCAGUGCAUGGCCAGGAUCUGUGCCAAAGUAGAAGCAGUUCUAUGGUACGAAAGCCUGCAGAACAGCCUUAAAAGGGAAAUCCGGACCAGUGCUGCCGACCACAUUUCGGCAGUUACCACGGCGAUCGCGGAGGCGGCCACGGUGGGCCAAGCCCGGGCAAUUGUGGUGGCCAGUCCGUGCUCCAUGGUGGCCCAAAUGGUCAGUCACAUGAGGCCGCCAUGUCCAAUUGUCAUGCUCACGGGUAACGAAUCCGAGGCGGCCCAGUCUCUGCUCUUUCGCGGCAUCUACCCACUCCUCGUUGAGGAAAUGGUUAUUGGCAGCUUUAACUUUCGACGCAUCAUGCAGUCGGGCCUGAAGCUGAUGGGCAAGAUGGACAUCUUGGAGCCGGGUCAGAAAGGAUCGGUGGUGCUGGUUAAUGCCAUGUCGGCAGAAAAGAUCACCUUCCGGCUGUUCACUAUCCGUCAGCAGACCAAGGAAGAACGCGAUCAGGAUGAGCGAUGCCGAAAAUUGGCCCUAGAGCAGAGCUGCAAGGAGAGGGCUGAAAAGGAGGAAUGCAGAAAGCUCCAGCAAGCGGAAGAAUGUCAGAAGCAAAAACUGGCCAAAAAAUGUAAACAGUUCGAAGAGAAGCAAAAGGUCUGCCCCAAAAAGAAUGAUACUCCGAAGAAUGAUUGUCCGAAGAAAGAUUGUCCGAAGAAAGAAUGUCCCAAGCAAGAUGACGAAAUCUCAAAGUGCAGGCAAAUGCAAGAAGCGGAAGCUGAAGAAAGGAAGUGCAAAGAAGAGUUUGAACAGAUGUGCAAAUUAGCUGAAGAAAAAAGGAAAGAAGCUGAAAAAUGCAGGAAAGCGGACGAAGAACGAAGGAAAGAGGAAGCUGAAAAGUGCAGGAAAUUGGAAGAAGAUAGGAAAUGCAAAUUGGCUGAAGAGAAGAAAAGGAAUGAAGAAGAACUUAAGAUAAUAGAAGCAGAAGUGGCCAAACUGGAAGCUGCUGAGAAGGCCAAGCGUUUGAAGGAGGAAGAGAAAAAGAAGGAAGAACUAAUGAAGUGCAAGCAACGAAAUGAAGCGAAAAAAAAGAGGGAAGAGGCUGAAAGGUGCAAGAGAAAGGAAAGAGAAAGGGAGCUAGCUGAAAUGGAAAACAAAUGGAAACAGGUUGCGGAGAAAAGAAAGAGAAAGAAGGCAGCAGAGAUGUGCAGGAAAAUAGAGGAUGCAAAAGAAAAAGCCGCGGCAGAAUCGGCUGAUAAGAUUCUGAAAGCUGUGUGCGAAAAACUAAAGCAAUCUCUCUCGGAUCCGGACAAAUCAAAAAAGGGCAAGAAAUAAAGUGAAAGCUAAUGGCAGAUUUAUAUGGAACAUUUUAACUUUUAAUACGGUGUUACACACCGAAUUCCAAAUUAUUAUAUAAAACUAUUGGAAUUUUUUAAAUUUUCU